UGUCGUUUUCAUGGUCUCUUAAGCCUUUAGUAUGGGUAUCUCUUGUUGCUUAGAUAUUUAGUCUUGCUUCAUAGUAUGAUCAUACUAUCUUCUUUUAGUUACUGAAGAGUAACUCUACUUAGAAGACCUUUUUUGGUCGUAGUUCUAAACCUCGGGCAUCAAACGCUGUUCCCACUAGAUGACGUUCUGCCUAAUGGGAGACACGCAGGCGACGUUUCACACGCUCCAGCUCAAGAUGAAGAAUCCCCAAGCAUCCCCGCGACGGCGUUUCCGAAUAGAGGAGGUUAUGGCGAUGUUUCUCCGAUGAGGUCAAGGGGAGGUAAGGAGUAUCAUGUUCAACAAAUAUAUGUUGAAUACCCUCCUCGUCGAGGUCAAGUAGCAGGAGCAGAAGCAAUUGCAGGUGGAGGAGAUGCUCAACAAGAAUACUCUCGUCAAGUAGAAGCAGUUGGAGGUAUUGGAGCUGGAGCUGCGUACCAUCAGGAUGUUCUUGAAUCAUCUGCAGUUCGUUUCGACGUUUUUCCCAGUAGGCCCUUUCUUGACGAGCAUGGGGGUGAGGACAAGUACUUCACAAGUCCUCCGUUCAGGAGAAGAGAAAAAGAGAGGACGGCCACUAGUUCGACAACGUCAGCAGCAUGUUGCCUGACACGAAGCAGAAUCCCUCAAGUAAAUGAGUUUUCAAGACAUACACCAGGGAAACGAGGAAUGCAAAUGCAAAGAGGACACGCACAAGAACAUGCUGAUUUCCUAUUGCAGCACAAUCAACGAGAUCAACACACUUCUAUUCAACAGAGGACUCGUCCUCGUGUACUAGUAGAAUGUAUUAUUCUGGUAUUUGGUAACCUGAUUUUGACCACAGGGGAAAACAAGAAGAGAAUCCUUGUGAUCAAAUUCAGGCUACCAAAUACCGGCGCCAUUCAUAGAAGCGCCUGCGGAUGCUGUAGCGUCUACUUCUACAACUCCUUCCGCGAGCGAACUCCUGCGAUCAGCCCGAGCACUCUUGCGUUUAGGGAAGGUGACUCCGUCUCGCGUAGGAGAUGUUGCGCCUUCGGUAUCAGUUGUUGAUGAACAUGGAGAUGAAAAAGUAGGUCGAAGACGUCGUGCGGUGUCUUCAAUUAGAAGCGCCAUAAGUAGUCGUGUACUCGAAGAAGAAGAAGAAGUACUUCGAGGAGGAAGUGUUACUGCGUCAAGGGCCAUUCAUACAACAUCAAGCAAGAAAUUAUGCAAAGAAAAGGAUCAUACUCGAGAUCCUCAAGUUGAAGAGGAUCAAAACGAGGCUCCUCAUGAUGAUGGAGGACAGGGAGACGAACACCCGCCAACCUUUUGGUCGGUUGCGCGUGUCACACGGUGGGCUGAGGAUAGGGUACCCGCGGAAGUUACACGAAUUCUGCGCCAGCAAGAAGUGGAUGGUGGCGUUUUGAUGUUAUGGAUUCAAUUCAAGGAAUUGUGUACCUCACAAGAAAUUAGAUUUUUUUUUAUCUGGAAGGUUCCUCGUCUAUCUGACUAUACAUGAAUGAGUGUGAAUAUAUGAAGUUCGGAGAUCCAAAAGCAAAAGCCAAGUUCUUGUUGAAAUGUUUCGCUGUCUUUCUCGUCUUAGACUUGAGGCUCUUACGCAACUCUGUUCGUUCUUUAUAGAAGCACUGGAAUUUUUUUGACUAUCUCAGGUUCGUUGCUUAUAGAAGCACUGGCUAAUGAUAGAUGCAGUGAAGUCCUCAAAGAUGGAGAUGCUCUUCUAAAGAUAUCGCUGAACGAAUCGGAUAUGGAGACUCUGGGAAUUGCCAAAUUUGGCCAUCGUCGAACUUUGCUGUUGAAAAUACGGCAAAUGCGGGACGAAAUGAAGCGAAUUUUUUCCAUUUACAACAGAAGAAGGAUAGCAGGGGACUCCUUUCAAGUAGAGGAUGACACGGCUUUGCUCUCUCAGAGCUGCACAUCUCCAAGAGUUCGUGGAUCAGUUGCAUCUUCGAGCGCUGAUGUUCAUGUUGAGUCGAAGCCUAGGUCUAGCACAUCUUCUUCGACAUUCGAUUACUCUUUCAAAGCCAGGAGUAUUCCAGCAUCAAUUGGAUGGCGACCAACACGACAGUCGCAGUUGACAAAUUACUUUUACAACUCUGGUGGACGCGAAGGUGGUGGUGGAGCUGGAGGUGGUAAUGGAGUUGGAGGUGAAAGUAGAAGAGGCGGCGGUGAAGUUAGAAAAGAUGCUGGUGGUGGUGGUGGACGAGGUCGCGCCCCAACAUCUUCUUCCGAUCCUCCGUCCCUUCUGACAAAGACAUCUUCUCCGAGAAAUGUGGCCAAAUUUGAGGCUGUUUCUAGAGGAGUUGGGGUCUAUCCACUUGAGGGAGGUGGGAUCAAUCCACCCGCUGGAGGAGCACCAGGAAGAAUGUCCCUUUCCUCAUCAUCUUCUUCGCCCUCUUCUACAAAUGGUCUUGUUGAAACUUGCCGUGCUGGUGGAGGUACUAGUGGUAGCAAUGGUAGUCCCCGCGUCGGGCACAGGAAAGUCGAGGCGGAUGAAAAAGGGAAUCCUCUGUUCUUGGGAAGAAGAAGCUCUUGUACUACGAGUGGCCUUUCUUGUGACACUAAGAAUGCGUUACUUUUUAGCAGUUCGUGUACGAAUCUCAAUCUCAACAGCAUGGAAAGUUGUUGCGCCAGUACUCUGGUGAGUAGCUUUAGCAGGAGUUGUGGUACUAUUUGUUACAAUAGUUCUUCUUCUUCUUCUUGUAGAAGUACUAGUAUUAAAGGACAGGCAGGUGGUGCAGGAGUAGAGCCAAACUGCUACCGCAUUGCCUACGAUCAAGUGACGCGCAGUCACAAAAUUCGAGUGGCAGUCCAGCAAGCUCAGAUAAGCAAAGACGUUAUGGCCGUGUUUCUCCGAGGUGAAAAGUAGAGUGGUCUUAAUAUUGCGUUUGAAGUCCUCGUUAUGUGAGUAUGUGGGGAAACAUUGAUCAUGUAAUUACACUUCUGUAGUUAUUCUACUCUUUGUAAGUAGAAAAUGAUGCGGACUCUUUGUAAGUGGAAGAUAAUUAGUGUGGUAUGUGUAUUUUUUCAGUGAUGUAUGAUCCAUCGACGUCACGAUCAGGAAUAUAAAUGACUAGCGAGUGCGAGUGCAGGAAGGGACGAACACGUCAAGCACCAUGUUCAUUCUUGACCUCUCUCGGAUCUUUUAAUAUUCUUUCGGUGCGGGAAAUCUACUGAGUUCGAGCAGAAAAGCCACAGAUUCCUAGAAGUGUCGCUUUGAUUUUCGUCUAAAACAAGACCUACACCAGUCAGGAGGACAUCCACAUUAGCUGUUGCGAACGAUCGUGGUAGAAGCUGGCUGAAUUACCGUAACAAGGCGCCAUUAUUCGAGGCGUCCCCGUCGACGUCAGUUACAUCUGCAGGGGCGCACGUCAGUUACAUCUGCAGGGUCCCCGUCGACGUCAGUUCCAUCAAUUAGUGCGCCCGUGAAUUUAGGAGGCUGAUGCACUCGACUUGCCGCCCGUUUGCGAACUGGAUAAAACUGCGGCCACUCUCCUAGCGGCCCCACGAUACAAAAAAAAAGUAGCGGCCUGGCUUGUCAGUGUGAAAGUGAAUCUUAGAUAAGUACACAUUAUCCACGUCAGUGAAGGUGAAC